AUGACUGUUACUUUUGUUUUAAGGUAUGAUAACCACAGAGAGGCGCUGCUGAAAGGGGGUGUCAGCGGAGAGUACCAGGAUGAGAGCAUUGAUCUCUUGCAGUUCUUCACUGUCACCUGCUACUCAGGUUACGGAGAUGACGAAAAGGGCUUUUACACUGUAUACAGGAAUGUGUUUGAGACUAUCGUAAAGGAGGAGAUGGAGCACAGUAAAGAUGAGGAAGAGGAGGAGGACGUGUUUCCCUCAUUUGGAGACUCUCAGAGUGACUAUGACACUGUGGUGCAUUUAUUCUAUGGCUACUGGCAGAGCUUCUGUACACGCAAAAACUUUGCAUGGAAAGAGGAGUACGACACGCGACAGGCCUCCAACCGCUGGGAGAAGAGAGCCAUGGAGAAAGAGAACAAGAAAACCAGGGACAAGGCCAGGAAAGAGCACAGCGAGCUGGUGCGCCAACUAGUGGCCUUCGUCCGAAAACGAGACAAGCGUGUUCAGGCUCAUAAGAAGCUGGUGGAAGAGCAGAAUGCAGAGAAGGCCAAAAAAGUUGAAGAACUGAGGAGAAAACAGAAGCUCCACCAAGCAAAACUGGCGGAAGAGUAUAAAGAACAGAGUUGGGCUGCCAUGUCAGAGCUGGAGAAAGAACUUCAGCAGAUGGAAGCACAGUACGGUCAAGAGUUUGGUGACGCAUCAGAAAGUGAAGAGGACGAGGAGGAGGUGGAAAACGGGCAGGAGACGGCAAAUGUGGACAGGGGAGAUGUGGUGCAGGCAGAUGGUGCCGCGGAAAUGAACGACUAUUAUGAUGACCUGUACUGUCCUGCCUGUGACAAAUCGUUCAAAUCCGAUAAAGCUAUGAAAAACCAUGAGAAGUCUAAGAAACACAGAGAGAUGGUGGCAUUGCUACGGCAACAGCUGGAGGAGGAAGACAAGUCACUGAGUCACAGCUCUGCCGAGAGAGACGAGGAAGAGAAUGAUGAUGAUGAACUCGAUGACACCCCGAGACAAAAAUUAUCUAAAAGGCAGAAGAAAAAGAAACGGCAGCAGAAAAACAAUCUUCCAGAAGAUCCGGAGAUUGACAGCACAGUCCCACAGUCCACAGAAGAGCAUCCCGCACCUGCGCCUGACUCGGGCAACAACGAGGAUGCCCCUGUCCCCUCUGAGGACCCAGAUGAGAAGCUAAAACCAGAGGAACAUGAACCCACAAACCAAAAAAGCUCUGCAAAGACAAAAGAGAAGAAAGGUGGAAAAGACUGUAAGAAGAACAGUAAACCACACGGAGGUGUGGAAGUUGCACAAGAGAAGGAACUCAACCUGCGCUGUGUGACCUGUCAGUAUGAAUUUGCCACCAGGAACAAACUUUUCGAUCACCUGAAGACCACGGGCCACGCCACCGCCCUCUCCAGUAACACUGCCCAAACGUGCAAGAAAAAGAAGGACGCCAGGAAGAACAGAUAACCGAGAGGCACAUUUGAAACACAUUUGCACACUGAUGUACAUUUGUCCAAGAAAACAAAACCUCUGCUGUUUUUUACAGCUUGAUAUGCAGUUGUGCAUCAGGAAGCGUGUGUAUUUCUGUCCCUAGAAGAAUGAAUUUGUGCCCCAUGGGCUGACAUUUCUUUUGUAACGCGCCAUAUGCCAAAAGAUUUCCCUAGAACUGCCAUUUAUUCCCACCAUCAUUGAUGUGUAAUCUGGUGCCUCAGAGCUCUUCUGUAGGCAAAUGAGACUUGGAUGUUUUUGAGUAGGCCGUGCAUUUUUUGUUUAGUUUUUAGGAGAUUAAAAAUAAUGAUCUUGCUACUAAAGAUGGCACAUUUUAUGUCCGGUUUAGUUGCGUUUUCAUGGACACCAUUCCAGACUGGUAACCUUUAAAAGGCUUCGUGAGGAAUAAAACGCCACUGGAUGUUUUGAACUUGCUUUUGACAAUAUUUCAAAGAGCUUCAAUUUUAUUGGAAAUGUUUUGGAACAUGGAACGGUUCAUUAGGAGAAAUGCGCUAUGAACCGCAAAAUUUCACAACAGUGUUAUUUUUAGUAAUAAGACCGAUGGGUUUAGGAUUGUGAAAAGGGUAAAAGCUAAACAUUCAAAUAUUUUUAUUGCACCACGUGUAAUGGGUCAGCUGCGGUAUAAAAAGGCUUAGUGUUAUGCAAAACAAUACCAUUGGAUUUCCAGGAAAGGAUCUCAAAAAGAACCAG